AUGUCCAGUGUGAUCCAAUAUGAGCAUGAAUUCCGCCGCCUCUCCUGGCUGUGGGCGUAUUGCUACGAUAACAAGGACUGGAAACAACUCGAGUCUAUCUGUUCUCCACAAUUCAAAAUGUACUAUGGAGAACUCGAUCCCUCACUAGGCGACAAAAUCGUCUCUGUGCAAGAUUUCGUGGCUGCGAUGUCUGCGCAGACGUCUCUUGGGGAUUCUCGGCUCAAAACACAACACUUCCUCGGCUCAGUCAUGUUCGAACAGGAAGACGAUGACUCAGUAGUAGGAAAUUGGCAGAUACAAGGGCUACACCGCCGUAAUCUUGCUGAUGGCACGGUGGCUUCGUGGAAUGUCCACCUUUGUAUAAGACACUAUUAUCGUUGUGAUGGAGAAGGAGUGUGGAAACUUGAUGGACUUAAGCCUAGCAUACCAUUGUUUAUGGAUGGUGUACCUACAAACGUUCUUGGCGAGUUUGAAUAG